UAACAGACAGGUUAUGGUCAAAUGGAGAGGUCAUACCUCUUCAGAACUCACCCAAUGCAGAGGUAUUCCUCAAGGCAGCGUUGUCUCGCCAUUCCUUUUUGCUCUCUUUAUGAGCGAUAUUUUUAAACUCGAAAACAAUCACACACUUCUCUACGUCUACGCCGACGACAUCACUGUCAUCAUUCACGAGAACAAUCCCACCAAUUUACGACAUAGCACUGCCCACUUCAUCCACUCCCUUGAGAAUUGGGCCAGCAUCAACGAUAUCAGGUUUCAACCACAAAAAUGUGCUAUUCUCCGCAUCCCUAUCAACAUCCAUAACAACCAGGACAUUUCUCUCCAAGGCCAGAUCAUCCCCGAGGUGAACAAAAUAAAAACUCUUGGCAUUUUUAUCACUGCUAAUCUCUCUUGGAAUACACACGUUCAAUACAUCCACAACAAAUGCAGGAAACUUCUUAACAUUUUCAAAAUCUUCUGCAAUAAGAAUACAGGCGGCCACCCGACUGACAUCCUCUGCAUUGCUAACAGCACCAUUGGUAGUAUUAUUACAUACACCAUCCCCAGUAUUGCCACUCUCACCAAGACACAGCGCCACACCUUAGAGUCCAUCCAAACCCAAUACAUCAAACACAGCCUGGGUCUUCCCAUCUCUACUAACAACACCGUUACACUCCGCGCCGCAAAUAAAACCUCCCUCGAAUGCCGCUUCCACAAAUGCAUCAUUAAACAAUACUGCACCUACGUCAAGAAAGCUACCUCUGACCUCCUUUUCCACUCCAUGAUUCAGAACAUACACAACAAUUCUGGCGCCUCUCUUGUCAAGAUUCCGUUCAUUCACUUCACCCGCUCAUGGCUUCUCCUGCAUAACAUUCAACCAUCCAAUCUUCCGUUAAAGCCGUCCAGCAUCACCAACGCCUCCAUCCACAACAUCCAUCUCGACGACCUUGCCUUCCAAAAUUCCAAUCUCCCAGACAUUUUCAUCCAACAGUCCUUUAAAGAAUGGGAGGAGCAGCAAAAUAUCAACACCAUCGUUGCCACUGAUGGGUCGAAAACCUCCAACACCGUGACAGCGGCUUUUAUUGACAAAAAAGGCAACAUCACGGCCCACUUCUCUCUCCACCCUGAGGCCACGAUUUUCACUGCGGAAGGAUACGCAAUCCUUCAGGCAAUCCAUCAUGUUACCCACAAAAAGGAAGAUGCCAUCAUUUGUUCGGACUCGAAAUCGGUUCUUAAGGCUCUCCACGCUCAACAUGAGAAGUCCUCUACCUUAAUCCAAACCAUUAACACCAUCCUCAACCAAAGGCAUAUCCUUAACCUUCAGACCAAGCUUAUCUGGACCCCGGCUCAUAAAGGCAUCCCCAUCAACGAACAAGCGGACAAACUCGCCAAAACCAACCCCCCAACUCUACCAUUACCCACUAUAUUACUGCCGAAGACCUCAACUCUCUCAUCAAGUCCGACAACGAGAAAUAUAUGAACAACAAAUGGAACACCUACCCCAAAAAAUCUCUCUACCCUUGGCUCUCUAACACAUCAGAUAUCUCUAUUCCUGACAUCACGGACCGCCGUAUCAACGUCCUCAUUAAUCGCGCUAGAACAAACUCGUUGCUUACUAACCACUUUCUUUAUACCCGCAACAUCUGCACCACUAACCAGUGCAAAUACUGCCCAAAUAAAACUGAUACAACCAUACACCGCCUCAACGAGUGCUCAAAAUU